CACGAAAUUGUCACAAAUAGUUGUCUGCAGAUUUCAACYGACACCAAAAAAGCGUAAAGUGUUUAAGCGAAAAAUUAUUGAGUAUUUGAAAAUCACAAUUAUCAUGCCAUCAAAACAACAACAACAACAAAGUGUAAAGGUGGUUUAUUGUGUUUAAAAUUUUUUUAAGUUGUCAUUUUGUACCAGCAGUGUUUGGUUUGAUUAGAAAAAGAAAGGAAACCACCACAACAAAGUGUGCGCAAGCAACAAAWAUAAGAUUGUUUAGAAAAAAUUGCAUUUGAGUAUAUAAAUUUUUUUAUUAAUUAAUAAUGUCAAAUGUAAGCGCAGUGUAAUUAUCGCUACAAAUUGAAAUCGAUAAAAUGGCAAGGCCAAAUUUCAACAACAACAUACGCAAGUUGGCAACAACUUUUAACACAACAASAAAAAACAUAAAUAUGUCCUCAACCUCUGCAACAAAUCAACGGAUUACGAGUAAUCGCUGUACGAAGCACAACAACUCAAACGUCAACAAAAUUAAUAAGAUCAAGUGCAGUCAGCGCCAACACGGUGAUCAUUUAUGUUCCACAACGAUCCACAAGCACUUGUGUACACAGCGUAGCAUUGCCUACUUAGCGGCGCACAAGGUUCAGUGCAUAACAUUAUUUCAACAGAGCGUGUUCAUCGCAUUACUUUGCUUGGUGUUAAUACAGCCAACAUAUGCGCGCUCCACAAAGGCACAUCGAGCGGCGAAAACAGCAUUAGUGGCAACCCCGCCCAUGGCGAAAGCGCUGGUUGGCAACGCCCCAUCCGGUACUUUUUUGAACUCCUCGAAUAUUAUGAUGUCGGCGAACGAGAGAAAUUCGCUCGAUGUGGGCACCACAAAUAAACUCGCCACACCAGUGGUGGAAAACCGGCGCGCGCUAAAGCUCGUACAAUUCAAUAAUAUGUCAGUUGUGUGUAAUGAUGGCUCGCGCGCUGGUUUCUAUUUGCGCAAAAAUCCCAAUUCGAAGAAAUGGAUUGUGUUUCUGGAGGGCGGCUGGCAUUGUUUUGAUGCGCGCUCAUGUCGUGCGCGUUGGUUGCGGCUGCGCCACUUGAUGACGUCCACGCAGUGGCCCGAAAAACGUGAUGUUGGUGGCAUACUCUCACCUUUACCGGAAGAGAACCCCUAUUGGCACAGUGCAAAUCAUGUGCUCGUGCCCUACUGCAGCAGCGAUUCGUGGUCGGGUACGCGCGACACAAUCGACGAGAACGCCAAGUUCCGCUUUAUGGGUGCUGUGAUCUUACGCAACGUCAUCGCCGAACUAAUUCCRCUCGGUUUGGGRCGUAUACCGGGUGCAGAAUUGUUGCUGGUCGGUUCGUCGGCUGGCGGUCUCGGUGUUAUGCUGAACUUAGAUCGCAUAACCAAUUAUCUGCAACAGGAACGUAAACUCAUGGUGACUGUGCGUGGUGUAAGCGACUCGGGUUGGUUUCUCGAUCGUGAACCCUACACCCCAGCUACAGUCGGCUCCAGUGAGGCAGUGCGUCAAGGUUGGAAGAUGUGGCAGGGAUCACUGCCGGAAGCGUGCGUUGAACAAUAUCAAGCAGAGCCKUGGCGUUGCUAUUUCGGUUACCGUCUAUAUCCAACGCUAAAAGCACCACUCUUCGUCUUCCAAUGGCUGUUCGAUGAAGCACAAAUGCGCGCCGACAAUGUGGGCGCACCAGUUACGCCCCAACARUGGAACUACAUACAUGAAAUGGGSGGCGCGCUGCGUUCCUCYUUAGACAACGUCACAGGCGUGUUCGCGCCCUCUUGCAUCGGCCAUGCAGUGCUCUCCAARCGCGAUUGGAUCAAUAUYAAAAUCGAUGAUAUUUCUUUACCAUCAGCACUCCGUUGCUGGGAGCAUUCRACACGUCCACGYCGUAGACGACAUAACAUCGCUAAACAAAACCAUUUGGAGCAAACCGAACAAAAACGCCAUCGCUCCAACAACGAGCAUCAAAGAAUUCCACAUAAGAACCGUAUAUCCAAACAACACAAAGGGAAGAAAGAUAACAACAACUACGAGCCACAAAAUGGCACACAUCCGCGCUUAAGUAAAGCCGAGCGUGAAGAAAGACGGCGACUACGYCACGAACGUCAACAGCGACGUCAACGUAAWCAACAACAACGCAACAAGAACAAACAACGCAAUCGACACGAGCGUCGACGUAACGAAGCAGAACGCAAGCGUAACAACAAUUUGCCACCCAGCGACAACGCCACCGCUUUAUACGAACAACAUCCCAACAAAAAACAACGYAACCAUAAUAAACCGAAAACAAAUGGUGUGGAGCGUAAACACCGACCCGGUCACAAGUCACGUAAGGAACGUAAAGAGCAACGUCAAGAACAACAAUUGAAACUACAAAAAAGCGGYAAAAUCGAACGACAACAUGAGCUGCAGCACGACGAACAAGCCAUCGAGGCGACAACACAAUUUGACCUACACAAGAAACACAUGCGCCGCAAUCGUGUGCCRCGUGUGCCCGAGAAAUGCGCGUUACGUCUGCUUGAGCGCUGCAGUUGGCCGCAAUGCAAUCACUCCUGCCCGAUGGUCACGAAUCCACUGACCGGCGAGGAGAUGCGCUUCCUCGAGCUGCUCACCUCUUUCGGUYUGGACAUCGAAGCCGUUGCCGCGGCAUUGGGCAUUGACAUGCAGACCCUAAGCAAUAUGGAUCGCACCGAGCUGAUCAAUCUGCUGACGCAACAAGCGAGCUGAUCGUCGGUGUAAAUACAAGUGCUUGUUUGUAUGUGUGUGUAUGUAU